AGUGUCCUUUGCCACCAUCCAUGCAGACCCUGGAAGAUCCCGCCUAGAUCCUCGAUUGGCUGGCGCCGUGACAGUCCAGAGACACCCCUCUUGUCCCUUCCCUCCCCCAGCUGGGCUCUAGCUUGGGACCCUGGCUGUUCUUACACCCUCCAGGUGUGGGGCAGCCUGGGUGCCCCAGGCAGAGGGGUGACACCGUCCAGAAAUGCCCUGGGUGGUCUUUGGUCUGCUGUUGGUGCUUCUUCGAGGGUCAAGGGCUCUGCAGAGGGCAGAGCUGUCUGAAUGUUUUAUGGUGAAUGGGGCCGAUUACCGGGGGACGCAGAACAGGACCUCACCCGGGAGCACGGGGCGGCCCUGCCUCUACUGGAACCAGACACGAGAGCAUGCCUACAACACUGCCAAGUACCCCAACGGCGAAUGGGGCCUGGGCAGCCACAACUAUUGCCGCAACCCGGACGGGGACGUACAGCCCUGGUGCUACAUCUCGGAGAACGAGGAAGGCAUCUACUGGAAGUAUUGUGACAUCCCGACCUGCCACAUGCCAGGUUACGUUGGCUGCUUCUUAGAUUCCGGGACCCCACCGGCCCUGAGUGGGAGCAGCGGCACCUCCACCAAGCUUACAGUGCAAGUUUGCCUCAGCUUCUGCCGCAAGCGAGGCUAUAAGUUUGCUGGCGUAGAGGCUGGUUAUGCCUGUUUCUGUGGCCACGAAGGGGAUGUCCGACGUAGCCAGCCAGUGAGUGCCGUGGAAUGCGACCAAGUCUGCUUUGGCAAGUCCAGCGAGUUGUGCGGAGGAGAUGGCCGGAUUGGCAUAUACAAUGUAUCCAUGGGUGCCUGCCAGGGAAACUUCAGUGAUCUCUCUGGAGUGAUUUACUCUCCGCAGUUCCCGGAUGACUAUGAAGCCGACAGCAACUGCAGCUGGUCCCUGCACCCCCUGGGCUGCGAGUCCGUGGAGGUCACCUUCCGGAUCUUUGACGUGCAUGACCCCAACGACCGCCUGGAGCUGUGGGAUGGACAUAGCAACCGCUUGCUGGCUCAGUUUGACGGGCGCCGGAGGCCGGGGGCUCCCCUGCUGUUCCCCACCAACCACCUGCUCCUCUCCUUCCAGUCGGAUCAGCUCCUGCAAGCCCAGGGCUUUGCCAUCUUGUACAGAGGAGUGAAAGGUCCCCCUAUCAACGGAGCCCGGUCUGAUUUACGAACCCUACCGGGUGACGGAUCCCGUCUCAUCCCAACCUCCUCCGAUUGGUUGAACUCUACCUGGACCUACAGCGCCAAUGACUCUGCCAUUGGGGUAGGAGCUUGGGUGAUGUACACAGCUACAGGGACCUUCAUCUUAGCCAUCCUCAUCAUCUCGUACCAUCUACGCAAGAGGACCUGCCUUUUUGUGCAGAAGAAGACUGGCAGCUCUCUGGGCCCUUUCUCCUCCAAAGGCCCGCGAAGUCGCUGCCAGUGCCUUGGGGGAGAGGCAUGGGCCGUGGCCUACCGCCACACCCGGGUCGUGAUCUGCACCACGCGUGGCGCCCCGCACCACCGCCCCUUGCGCAAUGGGGGCGGGGUUGCCGGGGACGACGAGGCCUCCUCGGACUGCUCAUGCCUGUGCCACAGCUACGAGAACCUUUCGUCCACCAACCAGUCCUCUCUCAAAUCUCUCAUCUCCACCAUCUGAGGCCAUAUGGACCUUAUAACUUCACCCCUGUCAGGACCAGCUCCCCCUUCUACUGCCAGAUCCCUGGAGCAGAACUUCCUCAGUUGGCUAGGAACCAAGAGACCAACCUUAUAAGCAUAUGCUCUCCAGGUGGGAGGCAGGGGAGACUGAAUUUAAUGGAAGCCAAUGCACCGUUUGGCACAGAUAAGAACAUUCCGGAGAAACUGAAAGUUGUUUUGACAGCAGGAACUUGUGUAGCAACAUUGCCUAAACAACCUUCUCCGGGUCAGGAGAGUACUGAGGUGCUGAGACUCUUAUUGCCACAUCCCUUUGGGGGAGACAUCUGUGCCUUCUUUGAAGCUGGGAUUUUCACUGGGGUUUUGUAAACCUUGCCUGUGGGACAAAGAGUUUUGGUGGAAGUCUCCCAUCGUGGCAGGAUUCAUACCUGCAUGGAAUUUAGGACUGUGUGGCAGGAGAGAUGCGUUCUUUAUAACACAUGGAAGUUCAGGCAUCUCGCAGGUUCACAUUUUGUGAGACGCCAAGGCCUGGGAAUGAUGAGAUCCUGGCUGAAUCCUCAAAGAGGUUGGAGUGCGGAAAGGCUUCAGUUCCACAGGGAGGGUGGCUCAUCCGUGGAUGCUGAAUU